AAGAUCGAUAUAUAUAUCUGAUCUAGCUUAAUUAGCUUGCUGCUAUAUUUGUGUGAUUAUAUAUAUUCUAAUGGAGGGCGCAAUAAUAAUGAACUUCAUUUAUUUGGCCUUGUUUGUUUGCUGGUUUAUUUUAGUCCGUGCAGAGUGGAAGAAGAAGGCAAAAAGCAGAGGGAAAGUUCUGCCUCCGGGGCCAUGGAAGCUUCCUAUCAUUGGGAACUUGCUCCACUUGAGCAGCUCAUCCCUGCCUCCCCACCGCGCCCUUGUAGAUUUAGCGAAAAGGUACGGGUCCUCAUCGGGGCUGAUGCACCUUAAACUUGGAGAAAUUUCAACUGUGGUGGUGUCCUCGCGCGAGAUGGCUAAAGAGUUCCUAAGAACUCAGGACGUGGUUUUCGCUUCCAGGGCAGAACUGAUGGCCACCAAGAUACUGCUCUACAAUCGUACGGACUUCACGUUUUCUCCCUACGGGGAUCACUGGAGACAAAUGCGCAAAAUAUGUAUGAUGGAGCUGUUCAACACCAAACGUGUCCGCUCCUUCAGCUCCAUCAGGGAGGAUGAGAUCCAUAAUCUAUUGACUCAUAUCCGUUCAUCAUUGGGGAAGCCAGUCAAUGUCACUAAGAGAAUCUCCUUGAUUACCAGCUCCCUUAUAUGCAGAGCCGCAUUGGGUAGAGUAUUCAGUGGGAGAGAUGAGUUAAUUGAGUUAUUCGAGGAGAUGUUUAACCUGCUGGGAGCGUUUGAGUUUGCGGAUGUGUUUCCCUCCUUGAAAUUUCUUCACGGCCUCUGCGGGAACAAGAAUCGGUUGCUGGAAGUUCACCGUAAAGUAGAUCCAAUUCUAGACAACAUCAUAAAAGAGCACGAAAAGAAUUUAGAAAGUGGCGAGUUAUUAGGGGGUGAAGGUGAAACUGAAGAUAUAAUUUAUGCCCUCAUCAAACUUAAGAGAAACGGAGGCUAUCAACUGCCUAUCACCCACGACACCAUCAAAGGCAUAAUCCUCGAUAUUUUCAUAGGAGCAACAGAGACAUCAUCAUCGACAGUAGUGUGGGCAAUGUCGGAAAUGAUGAAAAAUCCAGGGGUGUUGGCCAAAGCCCAAGCCGAGGUGAGAGGGAAAGAAAAGUUGGAGGAGAAUGACAGCAUUGUUGACCAAUUACCAUACCUCAAAUUAGUGGUGAAAGAAACUUUGAGGUGUCAUAUUCCGGGUCCCUUUUUAAUUCCCAGGGAGUGCAGGGAAGAAACUGUGGUUGGUGGAUACACCAUACCGGUCAAAGCAAGAGUGUUGAUAAAUGCGUGGGCCAUGGCUAGGGAUCCCAAGUACUGGGAAAAUCCAGAUAGCUUUAUACCCGAGAGAUUUGACAACAACUCAAUUGAUUUCAUGGGAAACCACUUUGAGUUUUUGCCUUUUGGUUCUGGAAGGAGAAUGUGUCCAGGACUUGCACUUGGUUUAGUCAAUACAGUAGCUCCUUUAGCACACAUGCUGUACCACUUUGAUUGGAACUUCAUUCCCGGAAUUACUGCUGAUACAUUGGACAUGACAGAGAUGGUCGGAAUAGCUGCAUCAAAAAGCAAAGAUCUUUUCUUGAUUCCUACUCCAGUUGUUAAUUAAGCGUAUGUACUAUAUAUAUAAAUAAAUCUCACCUCACCGGCCUACCGAUCUAUCAUUGCCGGUUUGGAUGGACAAUAAUAUUGUAUAAAUACCUACUCCACCUUUGGUAGUACGUCUUGUUUUACAUUUACUCUGAUCUACUAUUUUCCAAUAAUAAGAUUCUACAUUUAAUCUGUUCAAA